UCCGACACCAAUGAGAAGAUGAGGGUCAUCCUAGUUGAUUGGUUAAUCGAGGUGCAUUAUAAAUUUGAGCUCAUGGAUGAGACAUUAUUCCUUAUGGUUAACAUUAUAGACAGAUUCUUAGCCCACCAAACUGUGGAACGAAAGAAACUUCAGUUGGUCGGAGUUACAGCCAUGCUUUUAGCAUGCAAGUAUGAGGAAGUUUCAGUACCGGUUGUAGAUGAUCUUAUUCUAAUUUCUGACAAGGCUUAUACAAGGAAGCAAGUUCUUUCUAUGAAAUCGAUAGUAAAUACAUUGCAAUUCAAUAUGUCAGUUCCAACUUCAUAUGUAUUUAUGAAAAGAUUCCUUAAAACGGCUCAGUCUGAUAAGAAGCUUGAACUUCUCUCAUUUUUCUUGAUCGAGCUAUCCAUGGUUGAUCAUGACAUGCUUAGGUUACCACCAUCUCUGUUAGCUGCUGCAGCCAUCUACACUGCUCAGUUUACUCUUAACAGGACUAGACAUUGGAGUAAGACCAAAAAGUGGCAUUUAUAUUACUCAGAAGAUCAAUUACAGAUGGUUGCAGGUGGUUCUGGACUCGGAACAGUGAUGGAGUGGAACACACAGACUCCCUUGUAGUGGGAUUGGGAGAAUUUAGUCAUGUUCAGUGGGAAAGUAAAUGAAAUUCCUAAGGCUUCGCAGCAACCUACUGACUGGGGUGUUGAAGGAGACGGCGGGGGAAAUCGAUAAUGGGUCUUUCUGUUCUCCGACUGGUGGUGGGAGAGAUGGUGCUAGUGGUGGUGGUCAUUCUGGGUCUGAUUUGGGAAAUAGGUCUUCGUC